GAGGGGUCUUUUAUCUGGACAGCUUCCUGGGCUGCUGUGCGUCUUUUAUUCCUGUACCCCCAGUCCUUAACCCCACCCCCUAUUCUGGAGAGCAAUCUGAUCUGAUCAACACACCAGCGUUUGUACAAAGAGGGCCGCCCACAGCACUGAUGUCGGGUUUAGGGUAGCAAACACAAAGGGGCCAGUUAUGGCUCAUGGAAUAAAGCCAGGAAACAUGUCCAAAGUCUUGGCUCCCAGUCCUCCGUUUUGCCCCGGUGCAUUACCUACAAAACCGAGCCAGGAGGAGCAAUCAGUGAGCAAGGAGACUCAGCGACCACCUAGUUCUUUGGGGAACGACAACAAUGACCAACUGGCUCCUCCUGCUCCUUCAAAGCACUUUUACAUGAGCUGCGACCCGAGUCCGGAGGACAUGGAGGAUGCCUGCUCCGAGUACGACAAUGUGGGCUCUGACGUUGAGCAAGAUUAUGACGAGGUGCUGCAUUUGAACAGCCAGGGCCCCAUCAACAUGAGGUAUUGCAACCAGCACAGUCCUGGGGGUGUGGAGCAAGCAGAAGAGAGUCAUAAGGAUCCUACUGCUGACCAGAUCACUCAAAAAUCUCAUCAAAGCACCAAGAAAUGCGAGCGACCACAAUCAGAUGGUAAACCGUACAGGAUGGGUCACCGUUUUAAGUCACAUUGUGCUCCCAUUGCUGGAGAUGAAGCAGAGGGGGGGAUGAAAAUAAUUCAAGGAGACAGGUUCUUUUAUAAGGAUGGAGAUGACUUUGAAGAGGUACUGGACGGGGCCAGAUUCAUAGAGGAUUUAGAUGAGACAGAGAUAAAUGUUCAAAGGCCCACCAGCUUUUAUCAGGGUAUUGAGAGUGAAAGAAUUAAAAAGGGAGCUCAUGAAAGAAAAAGAGAAGAUGAAACUCGCAUACCAAGAAAUCACAAUUUAUCAGGAGCUGGUAGGAAGUCUGAGCCAUCCCGUGUGGGGCCAAAGGGUAAAGAGCGUCAGGGUAAAGGUCGAGGAAGGGGGGUUGCAGGAGAUGAAGCUCAGCACAGCAGCACUGAGCAGCAUCCAAAGACUAUGUCUAAAAAGUCCGUUGUGAGGUCCAAGGAUCGGCCCGGUUCCAGCAAGCACCAUCAUCCUCCGCCAGCUCGUCGAGCUCAGUCACCCCCCGACCCCCAGAGAACCCUGCCUCACAGAGAGAUUCCUCCUGUUUCUGGACCCCAUCCCUCGCCCGCUGACAACCAGGAAAGUGAAUCCAGGCCGAUCAAACCAUUUGUGGCUCCUCAACACACAGCAGAACAACAGAGAGAGUCCCCCGAGGAGAGGCAGAGAGGUUCCGCGAAACCCGAGCAGGAUCAGGAUGAGAAGCCAAGCACAGACAUGAUGCCUGAGGAGGUGGCAGAGCAGACAAAGGAGCCUCAAUGUCCAGAGCCGGUCUCUGUAGAGGAAAACAACUCUCCCAUGAAAUCACAGGAAGGGGCUGCUUUUCCCAUCUUUGAGGAUGUCCCAGGUCCAUGUGAGCCGGAGGAUCUCAUCGACGGGAUCAUCUUCGCUGCUAACUACCUAGGUUGCACUCAGGUGUUGUCCGAUAAAAAUCCGUCCAAGUCCGUGCGCAUGUCGCAGGCACAUGAAGCUGUCAGUCGCAUCAAGAGCCAAGAUGAAGACUCUCAGAUGAUGACUGAAGUGGAUCUCUUUAUCUCCACUAAAGCUGUCAAAGUACUGAAUGCUGACACACAGGAGACAAUGAUGGACAGUGCCUUGCGGACCAUCUCCUACAUUGCAGACAUCGGCAGCAUUGUGGUUCUGAUGGCACGGAGACGCAUGUCUCAGGCUUCAUCGGAGGAUUUCUCUGAAUCGUCUGAUUCUGCCAGUGAAGGGAAGACUCAGUACAGAAUGAUCUGCUACGUCUUUGAGUCAGAAGAUGCACAGCUGAUCGCACAGUCCAUCGGUCAGGCUUUCAGCGUGGCCUACAGAGAAUUCCUGCGAGCCAACGGCAUCAACCCGACUGACUUGAGCCACAAACAAUACAGUGACAUCAUCAACUCCCAGGAGAUGUACCACGAUGAUCUUGUACACUUCUCAAACUCAGAGAACCGUAAAGAGCUGUAUGUGGAGAAGCAGAAAGGUGAGAGCCUCGGCGUGGUGAUAGUGGAGUCCGGCUGGGGCUCCAUUCUGCCCACUGUCAUCCUCGCCAGCAUGCUGAACAGUGGCCCCGCAGCUCGGUCCGGAAAACUCAGUGUGGGAGACCAGAUUAUGUCCAUCAAUGACACAAGUCUUGUGGGACUGCCACUGGCCACCUGUCAGAGCAUCAUUAAGGGUUUGAAGAAUCAGGUGAAAGUAAAGCUGAGCAUUGUAAGCUGCCCCCCUGUUACUACCGUUCUCAUCAAGAGACCGGACCUCAAGUAUCAGCUCGGCUUCAGUGUUCAGAACGGAAUUAUCUGCAGUCUGAUGCGAGGCGGCAUUGCUGAGCGAGGCGGGGUCCGGGUCGGACACAGAAUCAUCGAAAUAAACGGGCAGAGUGUUGUUGCCAUGGCACACGAGAAGAUUGUUCAAACUCUGUCUGUCUCAGUGGGUGAGAUCAACAUGAAGACGAUGCCUGCUGUGAUGUUCAGACUCCUAACAGGACAAGAAACACCAGUCUACAUAUAGAAACGCUGCAUGGAUCAGUUCUCUGGAGUUCUGGAUGUCCGACUGUCAUUAGGUGGUCCAGCAGGAUGAAGGGAAUUUAUUUUUUAUAACAUUUUAAAUUGUUUUGCUUCUUGUUGCAAUGCUGUAAAGAACAUUGUUUCCAGGUCUUAUCUUGAGCUACAUCAUCAUAAUGGCCUUAUAAUGUGAAUACCGUCUGUAGUACUGUACGUGAAGUAAUGGUGUCAAAGAAAAGUAGCUUUAUGGUCAUGAUUAUUUUCUUAUGAAGAGAUAAACUAGCACAUUUAUUUUUUAUUUAGUCAUUUUUAUAAUGCGUAUGGGGUUCAAAAAUGUACUUAUACUGUAAAUACUUUGGGUUCCUCCUGGGCUUUGUUGGGAAGGCCAUAACUACUCCUGCAAAAUUACAGUAUGCAUGUGACUGUGGUAUAAUAACAGACCAGGGAUUCAAUCUCGAUCUGACAUGAUAAUCUAUUACAGUAAGUAUUAAAAGUCGACAAAGACAUGAUGUACAAAGGCACUGAACUCUGCAUUAUGGCGACGCUGAAGGCCAAAGACACACCUCUUGGUUAAGGAGAUACAGUACAUUUUGAGUGACAGAGAACAAUAAUGUAUCAAUAUACUCAUUACUGGCUGAAUGUAAUGAAGACAAAAAUACAGUUUCUCUCUUAAA